CGCAUAUAACAUUAACUUUGUCCAGUACUUUCAUCCAAUACUUUUUCAGCAUGAAAGUGAAAGGUUCUCCAAAAUCUUCUCUUCUUCUCUUCCAGAUUUUCUUGUUUCCCCUUCUUCCAUUGAAGAUCACAGCUUCACAAAGAACACAAGCAAAAUCUCAUAUAAAAUGGAAGAACAGCAUUUAUUCUCACCACAUUCUCUAAACGCUUGGUCCACUAACAAUACUGGCAAUCUUUGCCACUGGACUUCAAUCACCUGUGACAGCUUCACAGGAAUGAUUUCUGAAACCAAUCUCAGCUGUGCAAACAUCACCGGAUCGUUAGCUCAACUCAACUUCACCACAUUUUCCACUCCAACCGCUUUGACCUCCAUAAACAGUGUUGUUGGAUCAAUACCAGCCGCCAUUGGUAGGCUGUCUAAACUCACUCUCUUGGACUUGAGCAACAACGGCUUGGUAGAUGUUGUGCCAAUGGAGAUAGGGCAGUUGACUGAGCUUCAGUAUCUCAGCUUGUUCAACAACAGUCUCAAUGGCAGCAUUCCUUAUGAAACUAGCCAUCUUCAAAAGAGAUUGCUGUGGCUUAAAUCCAAGCUCAGUAACCUUUUACAAUUCCCGACCUCCUGGUGUACUCCCAUUCAAGUUGUUCUCCGACUAAUCAAGAUAUGCAAGAUUCUGCAAAUCCCCUAUAUCUUGAGAUUGAUGAGAUUCUGGCAUUCCCCGCACUGUGGAGAAAUGUAUUUGGGCUUCAUCCAGAGCUACAUACUAGAUCUAGGCAAUGUAUUCUCAUACAGGUCAAUGGCUCUUGCUUAUUUUUGCUUGUCGCAUGCUGACAUAUUCAGAAAUGCAUUUGGGGUUCAUCUAGAGCUACUUACUAUUUUUCUUAAUGACAAUCAAUUUACUGGUGAAAUCUCUCCACAGUGGGGGGAAUGCCAGAAUCUCAUCAAUCUACAGAUGGACAGAAACAAAAUUUCUGGCCAAAUACCAGCAAAGCUUGGUAAAUUGAACAAGUUGAGUAUUCUUAGUCUCAGCUCCAAUGAUUUAUCUGGGAAUAUUCCUGAUGAACUGGGAAAUUUAAGCAUGCUGAUCAAUUUAAAUCUGAGCAAGAAUCAUCUGACCGGAGAGAUACCUCAGGAUAUAGGGGAUUUGCACAAUCUUGCAUAUCUUGAUUUGACAGAGAACAACUUGAAUGGGAGUAUACCAGAACAGGUUGGGAAUUGUAAAAGUCCAAUUCCGACUGGUAGGCAGUUUCAAAAUGCUUCUGGUGAAGCCUUAGUUGGUAACUCAGGUUUUUAUGGAAAUGUUGAUGGAUUGACUCCUUGUAGUUCCAGCAGCAAGAAGUCCAGCAAGAUGAACACCCAACUUCUUAUUUUUAUCCUUGCUCCUAUUUGUGCUUUUUUAGCUCUAACAUCUAUUGCUGUCAUGAUUCUAAUGCUUCGUGCUCACAACAAACUUCGUGAUGAGAAGUGAAUUGCCAGUUGAAACCUUAAUUCAAUUGAAGUAGUCCAUCAAACAUAAUAACAGCAAUUAGAAAACAUCAAAUAUCCUCAAGCUGCUUUUUCAAAAGCUAUGAUUCUUCCUCAACAUGGAGGUUAGGAGAGAGACAAGAAGAUUUUAACUCAUAAUUGGUUGAAUACACAGUGGUUUGUCUU